AUGGCUGAGCUGGUGCAGAGGAUCAUUAAGAAGUAUAGUACACGGGAGCAGCUGAUUGCCAAUGGGGUGUGGAAGAACGAGCUGUAUACGUUCAGUAAUGACCAGAUAUUGUCCCGAAAGGCUAGAGGUUGGCUGUGGAAAAGCUUGCUGCUGCAUGUAGACGAAGGUGACUAUAAUGACGUUAGACACGAGGAUUAUGAGUUAAUAGCGAUUCCUGACAUAUCUGCCGAAAAGACAGCGACUGAUGAUGCUACAGUAGGGAGCGUUUCACAGCAUCGUGGUACUUCUAGGGUGCCGACGGGGUUGAAGAAGAUAACUAAUGGUAUAAAGAAAUUGACUCCAAGGGAAGUGCAUACGCAUCCUUUGCAUAGUGCAGAGGAUCCAAAUGGAAACGAUGGUGACAUGUCCCUGGAGGAUACUCUUGAGAUCAUUGAUUUGGACUUGUCGAGGCUGCUGUUGGAUGAAAUUUUCCAAAAAUCUGAGGUCCAUUCUCAAAUGAAACAAAUAAUGCUCAGUUACCUGGUACUUUCCAAUAGGAGUGGAUUGCCUCUUACAGAGCAAAGAUUUUCUUAUAAACAGGGCUAUCACGAAAUUUUGGGUGUCAUUUAUUUACAACUUCAUUCACUUGUCUCUUCACAUGCAAAUACUUCUAAAGCUACACUGGUCAUUUACAGCAAGUUAAUGAAUCAACUAGCCCCCACAUUCUAUAACGAGACUAACCUACUUAAUUGGGAAAAGAAUUAUUUUAUACCCAUCUUACAAGUUGUCUCACCAAGUCUCUACACCAUUUUCUAUAAUAAAAGACUCAAUGCACACUCGAAUUUAAUAUGGCUGAUUAGAUGGACUAGAUUAUUAUUCAUAAGGGAACUAUCCAUGAACGAUUCCUUGAUUCUUUGGGAUCAUAUUUUGACGUUUAAUUAUCAGUUGAAAAUUCUGAUGACUUGUAUUAUUAUAAUGCUGCUUACCAAUGUGCAUGAUGAAAUUUCAAUGAUAGACAGUCAUGAUAACGAUGAUUUGAUAGAAUUCAUGUUACAUUUUAAAGACGAUUAUGCUAAGAAAAAAAUUGAUAUUUUAUCAAUAUGCAAAAUUUCUGGAACAUUAUGUGAAUUAUGGAGUUAUAAAAAUCUCAAUGGCAUGAAAUCAAUUGUUACUGACUUCAUGAAAGCAAAUAAUAAAUCAAUUGAUCCGAAUAGACAGAGAAUUGAAAAUAAAUUACGUCAAAGAGUGGCUAGAUCUCUAAAUAAAUAA